GCGAGCCAAAACCAUAGAGAGGAAGGGCGCCGCUUUCCUUAGUGAGCCCGGGCCCCACACGACUGGGCAUAAAAGCCGGGCUUUUCUGGCCCGCGGAGGACUCGACUCACUGGUGCGCGCUUUCAGUCCGCAGGGUCUGGCCGGAGUACUCGGGAGCUGGGAACCUGCCGGGGGGCUAGCGUCCCCAGGUCUGGAUCGCUGUAACGUUGCUUUGAGACGCUUUGGGGGAGAGCUAAAUUGAAAAAAGAGCAAAGACCUCUUAAAAGUCAUUUGGAAAUAUCUCUGAAUAUUUGUAACUGUGUAUAAGCAGCUAAAAAGAAAUGGACCUCCAGCAAAACUAACAGAAUAAUUGAAAGCAGGUUUACGUGUGUGUCAUCAGUUCUAUCCAGAAGUUGAAGAAUCUUCGUUUAACGAUUGUGUUCAUUUUAUGAGAGAAUGACUUUUCAAUUUAAUUUCACUAUAGAAGACCAUCUGGAAGAUGAAUUAACAUCCCUUGGAGACGGAGCCUUGGCCCUAGAUUCCUCAAAAGAGUCUUCAGCCUCAGAAAGACAAAAAGGUACACAUAGAGACAAAAAACGUUCUACAGAACAGUUUGACCUGCUUCAGGAUCAUUUGUGGGAACAUAAGUCAGCAGGAAAUGCAGGUCCCUCUCAAGACACAGACAGGUCACUCAAUGCAGCUAACAGUUCAAGUAGCUUGGAGCCACAUGAAAAACAGCCCUGCUUGAGAGUUGCCAAAGAGCAUGCUAUGCCUAAAGAUUUAAAGAAAGUGUUAGAAAAUAAAGUCAUAGAAACAUUACCAGGUCUCCAGCAUAUGAACAUAUCAGUAGUGAAAACCACCUUGUUGAAAGAGAACUUCCCUGGAGAAAACAUCAUUUCAAAAAGCUUUUCUUCUCACUCUGAUCUGAUUACAGGUGUUUAUGAAGGAGGCUUAAAAAUCUGGGAAUGUACCUUUGACCUCCUGGCAUAUUUUACAAAGGCCAAAGUGAAAUUUGCUGGGAAAAAAGUGUUGGAUCUUGGUUGUGGAUCAGGGUUGCUGGGUAUAAUGGCGUUCAAGGGAGGCGCCAAAGAAAUUCAUUUUCAAGAUUAUAACAGUGUGGUGAUUGAUGAAGUAACCUUACCUAAUGUCGUGGCUAACUCCACUUCGGAAGAUGAAGAAAACGAUGUAAACGAACCAGAUGUGAAAAGGUGCAGGAAAUCAAAAGUAGCACAAGAACUAUGUAAAUUCCGGUUCUUUUCUGGGGAGUGGUCAGAGCUUUGUAGGCUUUUACUAAGCAGUGAAAAACUUUUUGAAAAAUAUGAUCUCAUUCUUACCUCAGAAACCAUUUACAAUCCAGAUUAUUACGGUCCUUUGCACCAAACAUUCCUUAGAUUGUUAGAUAAAAAUGGACGGGUGCUUUUGGCCAGCAAAGCACAUUAUUUUGGUGUGGGUGGAGGUACUCAUCUCUUUCAGAAGUUUGUUGAAGAAAGGAAUGUAUUUGAGAUGAGAACACUCGAAAUAAUUGAUGAAGGACUAAAGAGAUUCCUAAUUGAGAUGAAUUUUAAGUACCCCAGUUAAUGCCCACUGAGUGUCCUAAGUGAAAUAAACAAAAUAACCAAAACCUUA